CUCGAAAAGCCUUUUGUUCUCAUCACUGACUGGCAGCCGGAGGCAAUUUCGGCGAUCCUAGCCCAGGUGGGACCAAGCGGACUCGAGAGUGUGGUGGAGUAUGCCUCCAAAUUGGUGCCAGCUUGCAAACGCAACUACGUUGCUCCAACGGGGGAAUGCUACGCGACUCUCUGGGGAAUGCUACGCGGCUCUCUGGGGAAUCAGCCACUUUCGCACUUACUUGUACGGGCGAAAGUUCACCUUGGUAACUGAUCAUGAGCCCCUGUUGGCUCUGAAGAAAUCGAAGGAUUACUCUGGCAUGAUUGGGCGAUGGGCAACGGUGCUGCAGAGCAUGGACUUUGACAUUCGCCAUCGGAAGCACGAGAGACACGGGAAUGCAGACGGACUGACACGACUGCACCGGCCCGAGAAAGUUCCGAAGAAUGAGGAGAUGAUUCCGUGGAACGAACCCGAACAGGAGAUCGGACCUCGGUACGGCCAAGUGGAGAUCUUAUCAAAGCAACGGGUCAGUAGCUACGAGGCUCGGAAUGGAAAUGCUGGGCCCCAACAUCAAUAUAAAUUAGGGGACCUAGUGCAGCCGGGGCGCCGCCUGCUGAUUGCGGAGGAGCUCAUUGCACCGAUCGUGCAAUUGGCGGACGAUCUCUCGCCCGACAUCUAUUCACAGAGUGACGACAGUCCUGCUCCGUACAUUUUCGAGCGAUCAUUGGAUCCGUACCUUCAGUGGACUGCAUGCUUGGAGGAACCUAGGGACGAGGAUACGCUACCAUCGCGGCAAGAGUAUCUGAAGCCGUACGAUAUCAUCCCUCACGCCUUCUAUCGGAGGGUAGAGGAAGUGGUGAUCGACGACGACGAAGAGGACGAAGACGAGGAAACAUCGGAGGAGGGAAGCUAUAGUGAACAUAGCGAGGGCAAACUGAGCGAAGGAGAAGAGGAGGACGAAGAAACCGGAUCUGAGUGGGAAGCCUUGCCGCAGGAAGCGACGCGUACGGGAACGGAGGCGGAAGAUCUGGAGGCGGCGCGAAAGCGCGAAGAAAUUGCCACCAGGAAGUGCCAGCUGGAGUUUGCCAGUGAAGCUAGCUUGCGCAUCGGUAACGAUCCAACCAGGGAUCCAGAGCCGCUGAAGCCCGAAGAUGGCGACCCUGCAGCCGCCACCUCAAGUACCGCGCGACGAAGACGGAGUCGAUCCCCCUCCUCCUCCAGCCCCACCCGUCCCCCAGUUCGCCCACAUACUGAUGCGGGCGAUAGGCCUUCGUCCUCGGACGGUGUCGCGCCGACCUCUUGAUUUCCUCACCCUCGAGCAGAUCCGUACCCCCGUCACCUUCCCUUCCCAUCCCUUCCUUCCCCAUCUCUUCCACGACUUCUGUUCUACCUGCCUACUCGCCACCGUCCACCCCCACGCCUCCCUUCCAUCCGCUGCCCCCACGUUCUGCUGGCAUCUCCUGCUAUUCAGCGCUGCCUGGGAGCGAUGCAACGUGGUAGAGGGUUACUGCGUUGCCACGGGGACAAUCCCCGCCUGCCGCCACUACGAGUUCUUUCGAGCGGCACUUUUCCGCACCCUCUCCUCCUUCUAUCGCAACUACCUUGCUUCCCUACCUCGCAGCGGCGAUCACUUCCCCCACUUCCACCGGAUCAUCCGAUAUGAGGAGCUUCCGGUGACGAUGGAAGGAAUGAAUCGCUUCCU